UCGCGGGACUUUUUGCACACCAUGAGCAACUCGGAGAGUAGCAGCAGCAGCAGCAGCGGCAGCAAAAAAGCAAAAUCAGACGAAAAUCAAGAUGAGCUAAUUAUCAAACAGCAGCGUGAAAUCGAACAAGAGAUUGCUCAUUCCAACCCGCUAGUCAGUGAGUCGCAGCCGAUCGCCAGCCUCAACCAGGAGUAUCUGGACGAUCCUGUCUACAUAUCAAAAAUUAAAGAUCUCUCCUCCAAGUACCGGGCAAUCCGGCGUAGUCGCCCCGAUGGGAACUGCUUUUUCCGUGCGUUUGCCUACGCUUACCUGGAGUACUUGGUGCUGAACAAGGAGGAAUUCCAAAAGUUUUACGAGUACGCGUCCAAAUCCCGCGAACGCUUGACUGAAGCCGGCUUUCCGCCGUUUACGAUUGAAGACUUUUACGAAACGUUUAUGGAGGUGAUUAAUAAGGUAAAGCCGGAGGGAGACGAUACGGCCACUGCCCUGAACGAGCUGCACAAGCUGUUUAAUGAGCAGGGAUAUUCGGAUUACGUCGUCGUGUAUCUGCGGUUGAUUACGUCGAGCCAUCUGCAGGAAAAGGCUGACUUUUACCAGAAUUUUAUUGACGGUAACAUCACGAUCGUCGAGUUUUGCCACCAGGAGGUGGAACCGAUGUACAAGGAGUCGGAUCACAUUCACAUUAUCGCGAUUUGCUCGGCACUGGAUGCGGGUGUGCGGGUUGAGUAUAUGGAUCGGGGCGAUGGGGAUCAGGUGAUUGCGCACGAUUUUCCGGACGGUUUUAAACCGAACGUGUAUCUGUUGUACCGUCCGGGACAUUACGACAUACUGUACCCGAACAAUAGUCAGCAGGCGUAAGGUGGCCAAGGUUGUGUCACCAGGUCGGUGGCUGUGCUGG